AACCAACAGGAAAGGACAGCAACGAAGAGUCAAGCCAACUCACCCUACAAAUUAAGAUAGCAAGGCAGGAAGUGGAGUUGGAUCCCUUCUCCUCCUUUUUCAAGUGAAAGAAUUCCAGCACUAGUUGUGGAGUAUGGCUUUGGACGUAGAAGAUGAAGCGUUUUUUGCAGAUCUAAACAAGCAACUUGCCAUGCUGAUCAUGGACGAUGACGAAGAAUUCCCAACUCAGUGCCCUCCCCUUCCAGUUCAGGAGAUUGCUUACAUGCCCCAGAUGAUAAUGUUGAUGCCACCAUACAUAAGUGAGGUGGUCCAGAGAAGGGAGAGAAAAGGAACUGGAGUCUUCAUCCCCAAGUCUACUGCUCCAAGAAAGAAGAACAAGUCAAGGAGACCCACCACAUCAUCAAUGGAAAACAAUAACAGCAACAAUAAUUACUCAAAGAGGCAGCAACAAAAACCUCCCAUUUAUCCAAACUAUAACUGCAGCAAUUCAAGUAGUUUUCUGUAGACAGUCUUUUGUUGCUUGAAGUGUGAUUGUGUAUGUAUAGAAGAAAACAACAACAACUUAAUAUGGCUAUGAAUUAGUGAUUUGCUUGUGAGGAGGGCCAAGAAUAAGGUUGGGGCCUCUUCAGUGAAUUGUAUAAUAAUUACUCUGAUUGAUGCAUUGGCCAGUCAGGUAGAUAGGACUGGAGCAAAAUUGUAUAAAUGUAAUUAUUGGUGAAAGUAAAAAAUAUCCAAUGAAAUGAAUGAAUUAGUAAGAUUGAUCUGGUGAA